UAUAAAGCGUUUGCAAUCGACGGCCAUUUUGUGGUUAUACGGGAUCCCGGACAGUCGACGCCGGUGUCGUUAUUUCUCCGUGACAGUGGCUCACCGUUUGCGGAUAACCACGUACCCCGAUAACGUGCAAAAGACCCAUAACUCGAGAUAUAAUUUUGUUGACGGUAAAAUGGCGGAUCUACAGGGAACACCGGUGAGCCAGGACGCCCUGUCCGUUGGUCAACUGGAGCUGGGAAAUAAUCCAAACGCACUGGCGUUACGCAGGCCUUUUGAUCCAGUUGCACAUGAUCUUGAUGCUACUUUCCGUCUGACGCGUUUUGCUGAUUUAAAAGGAUGAGGGUGUAAAGUCCCUCAGGAGGUACUUGGUAAACUCCUUGAGGGACUACAAGCUGAUGAUGGUAGUGCACAGGAUCAUGAGCAUGCACACUUCAUGCACAUGGCCAUUCCCAGAAUUGGGAUUGGCAUGGACUCCUCCGUAACGCCACUUCGGCAUGGUGGACUUAGUUUGGUGCAAACCACAGACUUCUUCUACCCUCUAGUCGAUGAUCCUUACAUGAUGGGUAAAAUUGCUUGUGCCAAUGUCUUAAGCGAUCUAUACGCAAUGGGUGUGACAGAGUGUGAUAACAUGUUAAUGCUACUUGGUGUAAGCACGAAGAUGACCGAGAAAGAACGGGAUGUUGUUGUGCCACUCAUCAUGAGGGGAUUCAAAGAUUCUGCCCUGGAAGCUGGGACCACUGUAACAGGUGGACAAACGGUUGUGAAUCCCUGGUGCACUAUUGGUGGAGUCGCCUCCACAGUUUGUCAGCCUAACGAGUACAUUGUCCCAGAUAAUGCUGUUGUGGGAGACGUUUUGGUUCUUACAAAACCUCUGGGGACUCAGGUUGCAGUGAAUGCACAUCAGUGGUUAGAUCAACCGGAUCGUUGGAACAGAAUUAAACUUGUCGUCAGUGAGGACGAUGUCAGAAAGGCCUAUCAACGAGCUAUGGACAGUAUGGCAAGACUCAACAGAAUAGCUGCCCGCUUAAUGCACAAAUACAACGCUCACGGGGCAACAGAUGUUACAGGGUUUGGCCUGUUGGGUCAUGCCCAGAAUCUAGCGAAACACCAAAAGAAUGAAGUGUCCUUCGUGAUUCACAAUCUACCUGUGAUAGCAAAAAUGGCAGCAGUGGCAAAGGCCUGUGGCAACAUGUUCCAACUGCUUCAGGGUCACUCAGCAGAGACCAGUGGAGGUCUACUGAUAUGUUUACCACGUGAACAAGCUGCAGCAUAUUGCAAAGACAUUGAAAAGCAGGAAGGGUAUCAAGCCUGGAUCAUUGGAAUUGUCGAGAAGGGAAAUCGCACUGCUCGUAUCAUUGAUAAACCGCGAGUUAUCGAAGUCCCUGCAAAAGAAAAAGAUGGAGAACUUUGGUAACGUCAAUGUUUCUCUGACAAAAUCUAUAAUAAUUCUGAAAUUGCCAUUUCGUUGAUCCAUGUCCAGUUCACAUCAAUCAGAAGCUCAAUUCACAAAAUUUUAACAGAAGAAGUUUCAGAAAAAAUUGACAGAUCAAUAGGAACUAACUGAAUUGCAAUCAAGUCUGAUUUCAAUUGUAUAAAGUUAUCACAUCAACUUGUCACUUGUUUUUUACAAAUCUAGAUUUAAUAUUGUUUGAACUUUCUGUUUAAAAAAACAAUAAGACUUUUUUUUGCUAUUCUCUACGACAUAAUGCUUUUAUUCUUUUAUUAAAAAUGCAUUUUUUCCGUGUUAAGUACUCUAAUUCAGUUCGAUUAUGAUAGUUCAGAUUAGUCAUUUGUAUAUGGAUUCUUUCAAAAGUAGCAUUCUCGAAAUGUGAAGUACAGUAGAGCUAAAAUGUUCAUUCCAUUUUUUUUGACAAAUAUGUUUCGAAUGAAGGGAUUCGAGAGGAGAAAAAUUAUUUUUAUUAGAAAGUCUUUCCAUAAGGAUAUGGCUCAUUGUCGACGGCAUUGAUAAUUACUAAUUAUCGUAAGAGUAAAGAAGAAUAAAAAUCAAUAGAUUUUUUUAAGAGUCCAGAACAUUUAUCUCAUUGAAAGCAAUAUUUGUAGAAUAAUGAAGGAAUUCGGGCUGAUCAAUCCCGUUUUUUGUCACUCAAGUAAGGAGAAGUUGCCACAAAGUUGGGUACCAAGUUGGCUUCGUAACAUAACUGAUGAGUACCAAUGAAAGCAAAAAUCAUUAAAUCGAUAAUUCAUUAUCGAAUUUCAAGUCUGUCAGGACGAUAGAGAAAAACAAAUAAAAGCCAAUGGUGAAGAUAACAGAGAUAACAUUUCAUUAUAAAAAUGUAUAAUUUUUAUGAAAAUAAUCGAAACCAUUUAUUCUACUCCUCAUCACCUCGAACGCAAACAAUCAAACAGAAAAGUGUUAAAUUUGACAUUAUAAAUCGUGAUCUGUAUAAAAUCAUUUCAUGCAAUGUUCGAGGCCUUCUCACAGUUCCAAAUUUUGUUUUAUUGAUGAGGAAAUGAUGGAAUGAUCUGAUGUUGAAUAAAUGUAUUAUCUUUUCAUACAAAAAUAAAAUGCUACUUUGUCAAUACAAAAUAA